GGUUCAAAAAUCUGAUUCCUCCUUCCUCCUGGUUAGACCGGAUACCUAAAUUCUCUUCUUCUCAAUUCCCACUUGUUCGAUUCCUGGGAUGGAUGGCGGUAUCCAGUUAUGCAAAACAGUAUUUGAAAGAGAGACUCUUUCUUGUCUCGGAUCUCACAGAGAUGACGGGUUUGUUAUCAAUAUUUGCAGAUGAGCUUGCCCUUGUCGAUAAAAUAGCAAAAGAUGAGGCUGCAAAGUUGGGGCUGACCAGAGAGAAAACUGAUUCUCAGGCCAGUGAAGGGCUUGAACUUCAUGAAAGACAUGGGACCGGAUCAUUCCAUAUUAUUUACCCUGACCUACAUAAGUUCUUUCCAAAUUUGAAAAGGCAGUUUGAGGCUUUUGGGGAGAAUAUUUUGGAGGCUGUCGGAUUGCAGCUGAGGUCUCUUUCUACGACAUUCGUUCCUGAUAUGUUAUGUUGGUUUUCUGAGCUUUGCUUAUGGCCAUUCCUCGACACCGGAAGGGAUUGUUACUUGAACAGAACUACUUGUAAUCAUUUGAAAGGUUAUGCUGCAAAGAACGCAAAAGCUAUAAUCUUAUAUGUACUUGAGGCAAUGGUGGUUGAGCACAUGGAAGUUAUGGUGCCUGAGAUACCCAGGGUGGUGCAAGUGCUGGCAUCCCUAUGUAAAACCUCAUAUUGCGAUGUGUUUUUUCUCAGUUCUGUUUUACGUCUGCUGGAGCCACUCAUCUCCUAUGCUCUAAAAAAAGCGGCUGAUGAUGAACAUAUAGUGAAGGAUGAAUCUUCCUGUCUUAACUUUGAGUCUUUAUGUUUUGAUGAGCUUUUCUGUUACUUGAAUAAUGGAAUUGAGAAUGAGGAUGGUACUACAGAAAGAGUAUACCGUGGAGCACUGACCAUUUUCAUUUUGGGUUCUAUCUUCCCUGAUUUAUCAUUUCAAAGGAAGAGGGAUAUUUUAGAGUCCUUAAUUUUGUGGGGUGAUUUCACGAAGCACGAACCACCAUCUGCUUUAUAUGAUUAUCUGUGUGCAUUUCAGAAAGUAAUGGAUAGUUGCAGACUUGUGCUAGUCAAGACCUUAAAAGAUUUCAACCUAAGUAUCCCAGUAAUGAAUCCACAAUUGCCUGUGGAAGGCUCUACUCCUGUCCUUGAUGAUAGGUCAGGAAUCUUUGGUAUUCAUGAUGGUAUCUGCGAUCAGUUUGAAGGUGCUGAGGAUGAUGAAGACCUGUCAGGUAAAAAAGUCCAGGCUUUGCAAGGUGAAGAAAUUGAUGAGUUUUGCAAAUGUUUAGAUGGAUUGAUUUCUAAGCUUUAUCCAACAAUCGAGCUCUGUUGGAAACUUCAUCCUCAACUAGCAAAGAAGCUGAUUGUUACACUGUCCAGGUGUUACAUGUACUUUAAAUGCUUGUCAUCUCUGCAAAACUUUUACGAAAAUGAAAAGAGUGGCGGUGAAGAUGUGUGCCCAACUAUCACAAGUGAAUGUGUCGCACUUCAUUGGAGAAGUGGUCUUGAAGGGCUUGGGAGAUCUGUUUUAAGGCUCUUAGAAAACCGUUGCUGGCAGGUUGGGUCCACUAUGAUUGAUUAUUUACUUGGAUUGCCUCCAUAUUUUUGUCUCGAUAAUGUGCUGGGAUAUAUAUGUUCUGCAGUAAAGCAUAUUUGUUGUCACGCGCCAACCUUAGAAUGGCGCCUUCAGACUGAUAAAUGGUUGUUGAUCUUAGUCUCGAGGGGUAUCAGUAGCCUUCAUGAAAAUGAAUCCUCAUUCUUGGAUAUGUUCUCUACGAUGCUGGCUCACCCUGAACCUGAACAGCGAUCUAUCGCAUUGCAGCAACUUGGGAGACUUGUAGGAAAAGAUGCAACAAGUGGAGCAUCAAAUUUAUCAUACAAGAUUCAUGAUAUCAAAUUAACUGCAUCUGACUUGUCCAGUUCUGUAUCUGAGUCGGUUCUGUCUCUACUGGUGUCAUAUACGUGGGAUAGGGUAACCCUAUUGGCCUCAUCUGAUCCAUCAAUGGUUUUAAGGCUUCAUGCAAUGGGUAUUCUAGUUGAUUACGUUCCUUUUGCUGAGCGGAGUCAAUUGCAAUCUUUUCUUGGGGCGUCGGAUACUGUUCUUCAUGGUUUGGGCAGACUUGCAUACUCGGUAUGUGAAAGCCCGCUAACACAUCUCUCACUAUCCGUUCUUGCUAGUGCCUGCCUGUAUUCCCCUGCUGAGGAUAUUUUGCUAAUACCUCAAAAUGUUUGGAGAAACUUGGAAAUCUUAGCAACAUCAAAAUCUGAAGGAAGGCUUGGUGAUUUGGAGAAGAGGGCCUGCCAAGCUUUAUGUAACCUAAGAACAGAAGUUGAUGACGCAAAAGAGGUCCUGAAAGAGGUUCUUUCUACAAGUACUUCUACUAAAGACAGUGACCCAGGUUUUGGAAGUACCCGGGAAUCUAUUCUUCAGGUCCUUGCAGAUUUGACUUCUGUUCAGUCAUUUUAUGAUGUCUUCUCGAAGAAAGUCGAUCGAGAGGCUAUGGAACUUGAAGAGGCCGAGAUUGAAAUGGACCUACUUCAGAAAGAACGAGCGCUUCAGGAAUUGUCUGGUGUUAAUAAAGACGAAACUCAGCAGAUUCCCCUGUUCUCUACUCAAAUGGAGAAUAAUAAAGGUCUUCAGCAAAUUAAGGACUCGAUUCGUUCUCUGGAGAAGUCCAUGCUCAGAGAGGAGAUAGCUGCUCGAAGACAAAAAAAACUUCUUGUUCAGCGCGCUCGUCAGAAAUUUUUGGAAGAAGCAGCAUUACGCGAAUCAGAGCUACUCCAAGAACUCGAUAGGGAAAGAACUACUGAAGUGGAGCGUGAGAUUGAAAGACAACGAGUGUUAGAGCUUGAGCGUGCAAAAACAAGAGAGCUGCGCCACAACCUUGACAUGGAAAAGGAAAGGCAAACACAGAGAGAACUACAGCGGGAACUAGAGCAAGCUGAAUCUGGACUUAGAUCAUCGCGUCGAGAGUUCUCUUCAUCAACUCCCAGUGGUAGGCAGAGAGAUAGGUACCGGGAUAGAGAAAAUGGACGAUCAGGUCAUGAAGGAGGUAUUAGGUCAAGCAGCACUGGUCGAGAGAGUGGCCCUACAUCACAGACACCAAUUAGUGGCGCCAGUUCUAAUGUGGCAUCUAUUCCAACAGUAGUUUUAGGUGGCGGUGGUUCACGUCAAUUCUCAGGUCAGUUGCCAACUAUUCUACAAUCACGGGACCGUCCAGAAGAACGUGGUGGUGGCAGUUAUGAAGACAAUUUUGAGGGAAGUAGAGAUUCAGGUGAUACGGGUAGUGUUGGCGACUCGGAUACAGCAUCUGCCUUUGAUGGGCAAGCUGGGGGGUUCGGGUCUGGGCAGAGGAAUAUAUCUCGUGGUAGCAAGUCUAGGCAGUUGGUGGAGCGUAGAGAACGAGAAGGAGGCGGGAGACGCGAAGGAAAAUGGGAAAGAAAGCAUUCAUGACAUGUUUAGGAUAAUCUGCCACCAAUUGUGGAUAAUUCUACUUCAGUUGUGAAAAAUGCAGAUGGGAGAAACAAGCUUCACGCCAAGUCUCACGUGGAUCUGCUAGUGUACAACAACUCGGAUGUUAACUCUGGCUUGAUUCCCUAGGUUGAAGAAGCAAGCCUGGCGAUGAGUCUCUAGUGGAACUGCUGGUGUACUCUCUGAUGGUUAUUCGUGGCACUUCCUUCUUGAACGUCAACUCUUGAACCGGUCUCCAUAGAAGGCAUUCCACCCCAAAGGCUUAAUGCAUGUUUUGAGUUGGUAGACGACCAAUGGAAUUGUGGCUUGCCGUAGAAAAAUUGGGUAAAAAGUUGGUGGUAGAUAGGAAGUGCCUCUGGUUAGCAGCAGAUGGCCAAUACUAACACAGAUGCUUCACUAGAUUAGUGGGUCAGAUAUGAAAUGUACUUGGGAUCAGUUGGUUUUCUGGUAUCACCCUACAAUUGUUGUUGCACAGAUGUCUAAUGACAUGUUUCAUAAUUAAAAUUCUUAUUUGAAAUACCAAAUUGAAAAUUUUGGAGACGUAAAUUUCAUCAUCAACUUCGGACCA